AUGACUUGCUUGGAGUUUGAUAACCCAGAAGCUGCACAAGAUACAUCCAAGACUUCAACUGGCCCCGGGCGCAGUGGAUUCCUAACCAGUCUUGCCGAAAUGUGUGGAUGGAAUCGCGAGAUCUUCCUGGGUGGCGUGAGGCGUAGGGAGACGGAUCAGGAGAAGAAGGAUAGAAAGAUGGCAAUGCGUCUCUUCAAAGAGCAAGAGGAGGCAGAAAGAGUACGAUUACGGAGGAUAGAGCAAGAGAAUAAAAGACAAGCCGAGGCAGAAGAGGCAGAGCGGCAAGAGAACGAGAGACUUGCACGCAAGGCACAGGCGGAGAGAGAAAGGCGGGAACGUGAGCUGCGUCUACAAAGAGAAGAACGAGAGCGUGAGGCCCGAGAGGCGCAGCAGAGCCGAGUGAGACGGCAAAAAGAAGAAUCAGCGAGCACGACCUUGCUCCAAACGAACACGAAAGCAUGUCCUGGGAACUGCGGCUGGAGAAUAGAGAAGAAAGAUGGCUGUGACCAUAUGACAUGUUGGGAUUCUCCACCCCUACGCGCGAGCCACGGCGUUGCUGACGUCGAACUUGCACAGGCUCUCGGUGUAGCUAUCAGUUUUGCUGGAUAUGUCUCGCGUCUUGGGCGGCCAUACGACGAAACGGGAAUACAUCGCAUGAGCCGACGUGUAGGUAUCAUUCCCGCAAUCUGUGAAUGA